GUCCGCUCUGCAGAGAAGGAGAAAAUGGGCUGAGGGAAGCAGCCACCCUGCGGGUUUUCCACUCCUCACUUUCCUACUUGCUUCCAGGCCCAAAAGAGAGCUGAGGCACAAAAUGCAGCCGCAACCCUGCUGAAAUCGAGGUGGCCUUGGAUCCACUUGGCCCUGGAAUGCCUCAAGCACCCCUGGCCCUGCACGAAGUGUUUCCUCCAGCCCACGGAGCAGCCACAAAAGAGGUGGAGCGCCGGCACGUGCCUGGGUGCCGUGGCUGAUGCCGGGCUCGGCUCCCUGGGAGCCCCACCUUGAGAUUCCAGGCGGAAACGUGAGCAGCAGCUGCAGUGUAUCAACAACCCACGACAAAAGUAAUAAUCCGGGCUUGGCUGCACUUCCUUGAUCUACACCAGGAAGCAAUAGCAGGGCAAGCAUCUCACAAAGUGCUAGGCUUAUCUUUUUGAAAAAGGAAGUUUCAAAGCACUAUUUUCUAGUUACUCAAAUGUGACUCCCUGGCUGAGGAGAUGGGAGUCGCCACAUUGGAGCCGGCGUCUUGCAGCACGCACUGGACCUACGGAGAAGAGACAGAGCACAAUUGCAACACAGAUUCGGAGCCCAAGAAAUCAUCUUCCUCAAAGACGGCUGGUGAAAUAGAUACUGGGCAAGCUCCCACACCUGCUGGAGUAAAAACAAACCCACAGGGGAUUAUUUUCCCUCCCCGCGUGUGCCAACUGUGAGCCGGCUCAUUGGCCCAAUUGCCCUCACUGGGCAUGGACUGUUGCUGCAUCCAAACCAGGUUUAUAAACCACCCUGGAGCCCUGAAACAAGCCAUCUUCUUAGCAUCCUUUGUAGCAUUUUUGAGAGGUGGAGAAAGAUGGGUUUCCCCAGCAGAACUUGCAUUAGUAAACUGUUUCCCAGAUGGUGGACGCAGUAUCAUGUCUGUUUUCCUCCCUUGUUGGGCUUCUCUUAGCGGGCCAAAAUUAGGACCCAGGAACUGGGCCAUGUGAACCUUUCUGGUGUGAAUCUGGUUUGUGCAUCAGCGAACACGUAAGAGUUCUUUCUCACCUUGUGAAGUUCUUCCACAAACGAAUGGCCAUGUUCUCUCCCGAAUUCAGCACUUAACCUGGACCAGAAGAGAAAGGAUUGAAUCCUAGGAUGUAGGAAACUUCAGCUCUACCCACGUGAGAGAUUUACCUCCGGUGAUACGCAAGACAUUUAAGCUAGUUUGAAGCCAGUGGGACAGUCCCCCAAAAACCCAAAACGUGUGGUUGAGAAUAUGUUCCUUUGUUAGUGACGUUGGUCUCCUGGAAGACCUUCAUUUGAAAUAUAGAAAAACAUAGACUGGGGUGUGCAGAGAAGCAGGCAAACGCAAGGAGCUCCACUGGCCUGGCAAGAGAGCACUCUGCUGGUGGACGCAGUACGGGGGCCACAGUCCAACACAUCCUGGGGCUUCGGACACAAUCUGCCAUCAGCCACCCAGCCUGAUGAAGGCCCAGCCCAGGGGCAGAUUGGAUGCACGAAGGGCAAAGCGAUACAUAAUCUCGCUUAGCAACCUUUCAAUAUCUUACUCUUCCAAAGCUGGCUUGCAAUCAUAAAAUAGUAAAAUGCAUAAAGCCAUCUAAAUUCAGGCAGUUUUAAAAUACAAAUAAGCCAGUUAAAAUCUAAGUCUUCUGCAAUAAGAAGUUUGUCUUUCAGUUAAAAGCCAAGGAAAACAAAGGCUUCCAGCCUUUUAAAAGGCAGUCGGGGGAUCCAGCUGCCUCUCCUGGGAGGGAAUUUCGCUGCAGGGAAGGCACCUCCACCCACGCCUUGCCAAACUGGGCCACCCUGCUGCGUGUGGAGCCGGGUGUCCCAAGAAGCUGCAGCUGCACGUGGGCAGAGCUGUAGGGCCGGGCACGGGCCGCUCCGCUUUCUCGGCCAGAGGCUGGAUGCGCGGUUCUGAGUCAUGACUGCGACUGGCACUGGGCCUUCCCUUCCGGGCCUGGCAGGUUCCCACUGCCACCCGGCGUGGCGCCGCCUUGCCGGUUAUGCAAGGGCUUCCUUGCUGACUCUCGGCCCUCAAGGACCGUCACGAGGACAGGCGGCCUGCCAACUGCGCCCACCCAGAAGCGAAUUUCAGCAAGCGCUCUGUCGGUUACCCUAUGGCUGAGCUCAGUUCAUCCAGCGUCCCCAGGGCUUCGAAGAUCAGGUCGUCUUUGGGCCUUCUUUCCCCCGUGAAUGUGCUGGAAAAGCCUUUAAAACCAGGCAAGACAACAGUAAUCAGGGAAAAGAUGGAACCGCUCAGCCCAGACACGGAAACCCCUCACUGCCUGAAAGCCAGCGCCCCAAAGGAGGGCCCGACCCCUCGGGAGAGCAAGGCAAUGCCACGGAGGGGUCCAGGGUGGCUGAAGGGGCUGGAGAACUUGCAGGCCUCACACCAUGCGUCCCGGGGCUCCCCAUUGAGGUCAAAAGUAUACGAAUGCUUCGGCGUGCUUUAAGACGCUCCUUAACAAUCUGGGGACAAGGCGCUGCCCUCUGAGCCCCUUCAAAACACAGCGGCGCGACCUCAUCGCGAAAGCCGUUCCUCCCUUUUCCGGGAGAGGCCGGCGGAAUGUGGAGCGAGGCCUGGGCAGUGUCUGCUCCGGGGAAGGUCAUCCUGCACGGCGAGCACGCGGUGGUGCACGGCAAGGUCGCCUUGGCGGUGGCUCUGAACCUGCGGACCUUCCUCCGCAUGACCCUCCGAAAUGACGGGAAGGUCCUGCUGCAGCUGCCCAAUAUCGGGGCCAGGCUGUGCUGGCAAACGUCCGAGCUGCGGCCGCUGUUGGUGGCGUUUCCCGCAGACCCGGCGGAUUCUCAGCAGCCCAGCCCAGAGCAGGUGGCGAAGCUGAAAGAGUUUGUGGGCACGACCGAGAGCGCAGCCGCCCACAGCACUGCGGCCGUCGCGUUCCUCUACUUGUACCUCGCCAUCGCAUCCAAAGACAGGGUCCUGCCGAGCGUGGGCAUCUCGGUGUGGUCGGAGCUGCCCACGGGGGCCGGGCUGGGUUCCAGCGCUGCCUAUUCUGUCUGCUUGGCUGGGGCAUUGCUGUCUGCAUGUGGGGUCAUUCGCUGCCCCUUGAGAGACGGCCAGUCUCAAGCACGUUGGACUGAAGACGAGAUGAGCCGAAUCAACAGCUGGGCCUUCCAAGGGGAGCAGGUGAUCCACGGGAACGCGUCUGGCGUGGACAAUGCAGUGAGCACCUGGGGUGGAGCGUUGCGGUACCAGUCGGGAAAAAUCACGCCGUUGAAAAAGGUGCCCACUUUAAGGAUUUUACUGACUAACACAAAGAUCCCACGGAGUACCAAAGUCCUUGUUGCAGGAGUGAAAGACAAGCUACUGAAGUUUCCUGCCAUAAUGGAGCCGGUGCUCUCCUCGAUUGACGCCAUUUCUCAGGAGUGUGGAAGCGUCCUGGAAGCGAUGGCAGACGGUCCCUCCCAGGACCACUACCCGGUCCUCGAGGAGCUUAUUGACAUCAACCAGCACCACCUCAGCGUGAUCGGGGUCGGGCACCCCUCGCUGGACCGCGUCUGCCAGCUCACGGCCGAGCGCGGGCUGCACAGCAAGCUGACCGGCGCCGGGGGAGGCGGCUGCGCCAUCACGCUGCUGCGGCCAGACACGGCCCCUUCGGUGGUGGGAGCCGCCAUCGGCGACCUCAGCAGCUGUGGGUUUGAGUGCUGGGAGACAGACAUCGGGGCCCCGGGAAUCCUCGUACAUUCACUCUCCUCUCUGAAGGCGGAAGCGCUGGAGGUUUUCAGUGGGAUGUAGCAGUGGUGACGAAGACUCCCCGCCCUUUGGAGAUCCGGCCCUUGGCCUCGUGGGUUUGGCCAGCUCCUUGGUCCUUUGCUGGAGAGGAUUCCACGCAGUCGUGGGAGCUCUGGAAUUUGGGAUGGGUGUAUGCAGGUCGUGGGGCCCCCAUGCGGUGCUUAGUGGGGCCGAGCCACCCCCCCCCCCUGCGUGGAGGGCGCUCUUGGUGCUCUCAUGGGUCGCGGUUGCUUGAGCAGGCUGUCUCCAGUGGUGCAGCUUUUUCCUUGCGCUGAAGACGGGACUAGAUGCUCGGAGGUGGAUGUGGGGCUCGGGGGAACCCGGGGGCGUGGGGUGUGGGGGUCUUCCAAGCAGAACACAGGAGUAGCGGGGCCUCGGGAGCCACCCUGACCUGACUCUGCUCCCUAACAGUUCCCCCCGUGCCGCUAGGAUGCGUCCAGAAACCAAGAUAGCAAGUGAAGACACUUUCCCAAGCUGAGCGGCUGGUUGCCCCUUCCAGAUCACGCGCCCCCUUUGCUGCUUGCCCUCCCUUCACAGUCCGUUUACCUCUAGGGUGUCCUGUGGAUGCGGGGCCUGCAGCUUCCAGCGGCCCCAGCCAGCAUAGCCCGUAGGCUGGGAUGUCCACCCCGCUGUGCUCCGUGGCGGCAGCCGGGCCCCGGGUUCUGUCCUGAGGAGGGAGCCGUCCCAGGCUGCGCACGGCUUUUCUGCUUUCUGUCAUCCUGCGCUGAUUCAGUCUUGUGUGCUCUUAACGUCUUCCUUGCUCCCGGCGAUCCUUCCAGGCAAGCAAAAUGCUAAAAAUGUUUUCGAGGAAGCAGCCUCCUUGGUGGGGCAGGUCUCUCUGUAAUUAACGGCAACAGCAAGUACAUGUCCGGAAUGUAUGUUGCUAAAAAUAAUGCCACCUGGGGACAGGGAAUGGGGUUCUGGCCAGAAUCCGGCACUCUUGCCCUCCACGGAUGGUUCUCCCGUGCUCGGGCCUGGCCAGGAAGUGAGCCGAGCCAAGAUCCAGCCUGCAAACGGUCGGAAACACUAAAUGCAUCUUUACAUGAAGUAUGCAGAGUAUUUCGUUCUUGGUGCAGAUUUUGCAAAGCCCACACGUCACAUGGAAAGGGAGUUCUUUUUGUUUGCCACAGACACGCACGUUUAAUCUGCGUAAUGCACCAGUUAAUCUGCUGCGGUUUGGGUUGCUUGGUGAGCGGAAGGAGCAGAAUUUAUCUACAGAUCGAAGCAGCACACGGUCUGGUUCUGGAAUAGGCUGGAAAACAAUAAACGGACUUCAGUUACUGA